CCAUCUUCUCUCUGUCCAUCUCCUCUUUGUGUCCAUCUUCUCUCUGUCCAUCUCCUCUUUGUGUCCAUCUUCUCUCUGUCCAUCUUCUCUCAGUCCAUCUCCUCUUUGUGUGAGUACAAAGAGACAGUAAAAACCAGCCACUUUGUCACGAUAGGACGGACAAAAGAGAAACCUGCGAUGCGCUGUCCGGAGAUUUUGACACUGCAGGCGGUGUGUGUGUGUGUAAGUGUGUGCGUGAGUGUGUGUGUGGCCAUGCAGCAAUACCCAGCUGCUUGGUCCCACUAUGACGUGUGUAAGAGUCGGAUCUACACAGAGGAAGGGUUAACGUGGGACUACAUGGCCUGUCAACCAGAAGCUACAGUCAUGACCAAGUACCUGACCGUCAGCCUGGACCCGCCCAAUAUCACCUGUGGAGACCCACCUGAGACAUACUGCACACUGGAAAACCCUUACAUGUGCAACAACGAGUGUGACGCCUCCACAGAUGAACUAGCCCACCCUCCGGAGCUCAUGUUCGACUUCGAAGGACGCAACCCCACAACCUUCUGGCAAUCCAGUUCAUGGAAUACGUUCCCCAAACCCCUGGAGGUCAACAUCACGCUGUCCUGGAACAAAACUAUCGAGCUGACGGAUGACAUCAUCCUCACCUUCGAGUCCGGCCGCCCUGAGCAGAUGCUUCUGGAGAAAUCGCUAGACUACGGUAAAACCUGGACCCCUUACCAGUUCUACGCUACCGACUGCCUCGAUGCCUUCACCAUGGAGCCCAAGACGGUCAACGAGCUGACCCAGCGAACCCUCCUCGACAUCAUCUGCACCGAGGACUACUCCCGAGGCUACGUGUGGAAGUAUGAUAAGACCGUCCGUUUCGAGAUCAAGGAUCGGUUCGCGCUGUUCGCCGGACCGCGGCUGCACAACAUGGCGUCGCUGUACGGUCAGCUGGACACCACCAGGAACCUCCGGGACUUCUUCACGGUGACGGACCUGAGGAUACGGCUGCUGAAACCGGCCACCGGGGCCACCAUGGUGGAUGAGAACAACCUGUCCAGAUACUUCUACGCCAUCUCUGAUAUCAAGGUGCAGGGCAGAUGUAAGUGUAACCUGCACUCCAACAGCUGUGUGUUUGACAAGGACAAGGGGAAGCUGGGGUGUGAGUGUGAACACAACACAACAGGACCAGACUGCGGCCGCUGUAAGAGACACUACCACGGACGACCCUGGAGCGUCGGGUCCUACCUGCCCAUCCCCAGAGGAACUGCUAACAUCUGUAUCCAUAGAAGUCAUGGACCAGUGCAUCGAGCUAAUGCUUCAUCUCUAGGUGUUGCAAACCGUAAUCAAGCUCAUGUGUGUGACAACGCCAUGCUUCUCUGUCAGAACGGAGGAACGUGCCACCACCAUCAGCGGUGCCACUGUGCUCCGGGUUUCAAAGGCGUCCUGUGUGAGAGGACACGAUGCCAGGUCCUCGGGCCCUGCGAGGAGUACCCCACUGAUGGGCAGCCAUCCCUCCACCACCCUCUCCUCCUGGUCCCUCCAGGUCUGCUCCUCUCCCUACUGCUCCCCCUAGUGGUGAUAUGGUUCUGCUAAGAAUUGUUGUUUUCAUUACAACUGGCAAGUGAACUUGGAACUUGGAACUGAAGAGGUCCACUUGGCCAUUUGUCAGCCAUGUUGUCAUUUUGAUGGACUGCAGGGCAGGACCUAAUGCAAGUACAUUCUGGGACAGCAGAAAGAUCAGAUCUACAGAAAAUGGAAAGGAAUUCAGCCCUGAAGGACAUGGGAUCAAGCUGGGACACUAAACGAGAUAUUACCUGGUCCGUGGUAUCAAUAAGGAACCUUUAUUUAAUGUCAAAAGUGCAAUAGGAUGAUGGCUGAUAAACUGAAUGGAUAACGAAGACAUGAUAGUGAUACUUUUGGUCAGAGCGAGACACAGACAGACAGACAGACAGACAGACAGACAGACAGACAGACAGACAGACAGACAGACAGACAGACAGACAGACAGACAGACAGACAGACAGAC